CUGUGCUUUCCCUUGGCAGUGCGCAGGCAGCCCAGUGACCGGGAGGACGAGGAGGAAGGGGGAGGAUGGCCGCGAUUCCCGGCGUCACCAUCCGGCCGUACCGCCCGGGGGACCUGCGAGAGGCCCAGAGCAUCGUGGGAACGGGGCUGAUGGGGCUUGCGCCCACCGCGUUCAGGCGUGCUGCCAGCUCCCCCUCCAACGUGGCCCUGGUGAUGGCGGUGUGCGGAGCGGCCUACGUUCUGGGCAGGUCGCUGGCCUGGGCCGCGGCGGUCGGGUUGACCGCGCUGGGGCUCCUCUACCUGCUGUGCCGGGGGCUGCUAUCCGCGUACAUCCGGGAGGUGCUGAGGACGGACAUGGCGGACAUCGAAGGCAGCUACCCGCGGCGGGAGGGCUGCGGUUUCUGGGUGGCCCAUCAGGAGGCGCCGGGUUUGGGGGGGCUGGUCGGGACGGUCGCCCUGGUGAGGGAGCCGGCGAUGCCCGGGGCGUGCCGCCUGCUGCGGCUCUCUGUGCGCCACUCGGCCCGUCGCCGGGGGGUGGCGGAGGGGCUGGUGCAGACCGCCCUGGCCUUCGCCUCCGCCCGCGGUUACCGCCGGUGCGUCCUGCAGACCUCGGUGCUCCAGCAAGCCGCCCUCAGGCUCUACCGGAAGCUGGGAUUCCGGACGGUGGCAUCGGAGCUCCCGGCCAAAUCCGCUCUCCUGAGCUACCUCACCAAGAUCACCCUGACCCACCUGGAGAAACAGCUGUGAGCGGGCACGUGGGCAAGUUCCCGGUUCACCUGGCCAGGCCCGGAGUGGGCACAGACAAUCCCUCGGGGAGGGGGCGUGGGG